AUGGAAGAACAUCGAAAGGAUGUGGCCGUCAUUCUGGAGCGACACUGGAGAGACUACAUCGUCUCUGAGGUCCUUGACAAGAUGUCCGAGGUCAACAACUUUUUCAUUGAGAACCCCCAGAAGCACCUGAGGCAGCCGCUUCACCGUGUUCUGCGGAAGUUUGAUCUAAUCCUCUCCGCACAGAUGCGCUGGUUUGUCCAGAUGUCCUUGACAGACUGGGUGGAGUUCGUCCGUUCCUUCACUCCCAAAAUCAAUGAGCCGCUCCCGACCCCGCUGCUGACGCUGAGCCUUGAGACUGUUCAUGGCGAGGUUCAGAUCGCGCCACACCCGGACGACCUCAAGGCCAAGAUCCUUGAUCUCAUCGAGGAUGGCUUCUCCAAAGUGACAUCUUCAAUCAUGAGCAUUGAGUACGAGCUCGUGCCUUUUUGCAACCUGCCGCAGCACCUGAUGUUUGAGCUCCAGGCCGACAAGGGCGACAAGGGCGAGGAGGCGAGUCCCACGGAUGAGGUCCAGCUUCUGCGGGCAGCCAAAGCGGCAACGGCCGAGGUCAUCGAAGAGUGCCUUCAUGGACCCCGGCAAGUCCAGGCCAGCUACCAGGAGUACUCCUACCUUUUCCGGGAAGAGGUCGGAGGCGAUCUGGACCCCCUGGAUGUUGAGGCUGUGCAAGCCAAGACAGAUGCCUACUUGCAGGCGGGCACUGAGAUUGAGAAGCUCAUGACAGAGGUGGUCAAGUUCCCUUUGUUCGAGCUGCACUGCAUGGACAUCAUCCAGCAGAUGUCGCAGAGGGCCUACCACCUGGGAGGCUGCUGCCUGCAGACCGUGGCGCAGAACAUCCAGGAGCGGUCUCAGGCGGUCCUCACGGAGUGGCAUGAGACCCACGAGCGCAUCUUGUCCAAUCCUGAGGAUGAGGAGGAGCUUGCAGAAUUGAAGCAGUUCAUGAGCGACCUGCCACAGCUCAAGACAAAGCCGCUGAUGCAGACCACACGGCACAUCCACACGCAGAUCAACAUGCUUGCAGACUUCAGCUUUCAGAUUGACAGCGAGGUCGUGGAGCGUGCCUUCUCCUCCUUUGCAUGGCCCCUGCAAAUCCAGAUCGACGUGGGAGACUCCGAGCGAAGCCUGGACUCGCAGAAGCAAAAGUUCAUGGAGAAGUUGGAUCAGGAGAAAACAGAGUACGAGCGAGAUAUGGCUCGGUACCAGGAAGAUUUGGAAUGGGUGAGAAGUUUGAAUGACUACUCUUUGGCCAUGAAGUGUGCGCACCGCAUCUACUCUCUCCGGGAGAACUUGGACCGGUCUAAGGAGCGGGUGCAGAGCUUCGUGGACAGGGAGCGGCUCUUCGGCAUGGAUGUCUCCGACUACUCUGCUGUGGAGGUCAUGAGUGAAGCCUUUGAGCCCUUCUACAAGCUCUGGACGAGUGCCAUCGACUUCAAGCAUUCCGAGGAGGAGUGGCUCACUGGCAUGGUCCAGCGCCUGGUGGCCGAAGAAAUCGAGGCUGUGGUCGAGGAGCAGUACAAGGAGAGCUACAAGACCAUGAAGCAGUUCGAGGGGAACGAGAACCCCUUGGCGGUGGCCAAGGAUCUGCGGGAGGAGAUCUCGAACUUCCGCGCCAACAUGCCGGUGAUCCGCGCUUUGUGCCAGGAGGCCUUCGAGCCGCGGCACUUCUCCGACUUGUUUGAGGAGCUGAAGAUGGACAUGGACAUGGAAGACGGCAUCACCUUGCAGCAGAUGCUGGAUGUGGGCAUCCUGGACCACAUCGACACCCUGGAGCGGAUCAGCGUCAAGGCUCAGAAGGAGCACGGCCUGAAGACAGCUUUGGCCACCAUGAAGAAGGAGUGGCGUCCCAUCGAGUUUGGCCUUGUUGCACACAAAGCUGGUACUCACAUGGUCAGAGGCAUUGACGAGAUCCAGGCGGUGCUUGAUGACCACAUCGUGAAGUCGAUGGGCAUUCGUGGCUCCCCGUUCGUGGAGCCGAUUGAGAAGGAGGUGAAGGAUUGGCUGCUGAAGCUCGCUUACAUCCAAGACCUGCUGGAGCAAUGGUUGGCUAUGCAGCGCUCAUGGCUGUACCUUGAGCCGAUUUUCAGUUCCGAUGACAUCCAGAAGCAGCUUCCCAACGAAGCCAAACGCUUCCAGCAGGUGAACAUCCUGUGGCGAACCACGAUGGAAUCGGUGGCUGAAAAUCCCAACGUCCUGGAUGUCUCAGAGAUUGAGAAUCUGCUUGCAAGCUUCACUGAUGCCAACAAGAAGCUGGACGCCAUUCAAAAAGGAUUGAACGACUACCUGGACACAAAGCGACUUGCAUUUCCCCGCUUCUUCUUCCUGUCGAGUGACGAGCUGCUGAUGAUUCUUUCCCAGACCAAGGACCCAACUGCGGUUCAGCCGCAUAUGGGGAAGUGUUUCGAAGGAAUCAGCAAGGUCCGCUUCAACAGCACCAAUGAGAUCAUCGAAGCCAUGUCGUCUGUGGAAGGCGAGGUUGUUGAGCUGGCGCAGCCGGUGAAUGUGGUCGAAGGCGAGAAGAAAGGCAACGUGGAGAAGUGGUUGAUGGAGGUGCAGGGCUCCAUGAUCGACAGCCUCACGAAGGUGACGGGUGCCUCUUUGCUGGCCUACGCAAAAACAGAGCGAACGCAGUGGGUGCUCGAAUGGCCUGGCCAGGUGGUCAUUUGCAUCGACAAUGUUUACUGGACUCAGGAGGUGGCGUCGGCCAUCGAGGCUGGUAAGUUGGAUGCCUACUACAAGAAGAGUGUCGAACAGCUCAGCGGCCUGGUGAACCUGGUGCGGGGCGACCUGUCUAAGCUGUCAAGGCAGACACUCGGAGCUUUGGUGACCAUCGAUGUGCACAACCGUGAUGUGGUCUUGAGCUUGAAGGAGGCCAAAAUCUCUAGUUCCAAGGAGUUUGACUGGAUUGCGCAGUUGCGGUACUACUGGCGCCAGAAAGGCUCCAUCACCUUGAAGGACACCGGCAAGCCCAGCACGGUGGACAAGUGCGAGGUUUCCAUCAUCAACGCCACGCUUUACUACGGUUUCGAGUACCUGGGCAACAGUGAUCGCCUGGUUAUCACGCCGCUCACAGACCGCUGCUACCGAACGCUCAUGGGGGCUUUCCAUCUCUACUAUGGAGGUGGCCCAGAGGGUCCUGCUGGCACUGGAAAAACGGAGAGCACGAAGGAUCUGGCAAAGGCUGUGGCAGUGCAGUGUGUGGUCUUCAACUGCUCGGAUGGCCUGGACUACAUUGCCAUGGGGAAGUUCUUCAAAGGCAUUGCAUCCUCGGGAGCCUGGUGCUGCUUCGAUGAGUUUAACCGCAUCAACCUGGAGGUGCUGUCCGUGGUGUCGCAGCAGGUGCAGACGAUCCAGUUCGCCAUACGGGACAAAAGGGAGACGUUCUGGUUCGAAGAGAUGGAGAUCCGGUUGGUGCCCUCCUGCGCUGUGAACAUCACCAUGAACCCAGGUUAUGCAGGGCGGUCGGAGUUGCCGGAUAACCUCAAGGCGCUCUUCCGGCCAUGUGCCAUGAUGGUCCCGGACUAUGCCCUGAUCGGCGAGAUUGUUCUGUAUUCCAAUGGCUUUGAGGAUGCUAAGAACCUGGCCAGAAAGGCCGUGGGCAGUCUGCGGCUGAGCUCCGAGCAGCUUUCGUCGCAAGAGCACUACGACUUCGGCAUGCGGGCGCUCAAGUCGAUACUUGUGAGGGCUGGCGCUCUCCGCCGCCAGUAUGGUUCCAGCCGCCCGGAGCAGGUCCUGGCGUUGUCUGCGUUGAACGAUGUCAACUUGCCAAAGUUCACCCGCAAUGACAUCCCCCUCUUCCUGGGCAUUACCGGAGACCUUUUUCCAGAAGUGGAGCUUCCACCAUCUGACUAUGGCGUGCUGAUCAAUGAGCUUGAGGGCUCGGCACGUAGCCUUGUCCUGCAGCCAGUUGAGGGCUUCGUCAAGAAAUGCAUUCAGCUCUGGGAAACCAUCAUGGUGCGUCAUGGCUUGAUGCUGGUGGGGCAGACAGUGUCUGGCAAAACGGAGGUGGAGAACGUCCUUGCUGCAGCUCUUGCCGCAGUGGCUGAUGGCGACAGCUACCUGCCAGUGCUCAUUCACAAGAUCAAUCCAAAGUCGAUAACGCAGGGGCAACUGUACGGCGAGAAUGAUGAAGCUACACACGAAUGGACGGACGGCAUUCUGGCCCUGACGGUUCGUCAUGCUUCAGCCGCUGAGCAAAGCAAAAGGCAGUGGAUUCUGCUUGAUGGUCCCGUGGAUGCGGUGUGGAUUGAGAACUUGAACACAGUCCUGGACGACAACAAGAAGCUGUGCUUAAACAGCGGUGAAAUCAUCAAACUGACUCCAGUCACCACGAUGAUGUUUGAGGUCGAGGACUUGUCAGCUGCGUCUCCCGCCACGGUCUCGCGUUGUGGUAUGGUCUUCUUGGAGCAGCAAGACAUUGGCUGGCGCGUUCUCGUGACUUCCUGGUGUGAGAGAUUGCCGGAUCGCCUGAAAGACCAGGCGCCACUGUUGCAGGAGCUCAUGGACUCGUCGCUGGAUGCUGUCUUCGAGAUGGUCUCCCGAAAGGUUGCGAAGCCCGUCCCAGUGAGUGUCAACUGGUUGGUGCUGAACCUUCUGAACUUGAUGUCGGCACUCAUCCAGGCAGAGUUGCCGCUGGAUCCCAACACAAAGGAUCUGUCUGUGAAGGAGAAGGAGGCGAAACUGGAGGCGCUCUUCUGGUUGAGCCUGGUAUGGAGCUUCGGCUGCGUCACGGACAGUGACGGGAGGAACGUGCUGGGGCCUUUCUUCCGAAAGCUGGUCUCAGGACAGACGCAGGGCAUGAAGGAGGAGUUUGGGCUCCUCUGCGACGAGCCAGCCCUACGUUCGAGCGCGCAGGCACGUGGCGGGUCACCAAGCUUCCCUGAAGAGGGCAGUGUGUUUGACUACUUCCCGGUCGGGCCGAGCAACAAGUGGGAGCCUUGGAGCAAGAAGAUCGGCACCUUUGAAAUCCCCAAAGAUGCGCAGGCCCAUUCGCUCAUCGUCCCCACAUCCGAUACGGUGAGAAAUGCGUUCUUCCUCCAGAUGCUAGUCAAAGCCGAAUGUCACGUGCUUUUUGCAGGUCCGACCGGUACCGGGAAGACGGUGGUGAUCCAGCAGCAGUUGCUCAAAGGGUUCGACCGAGAGAAGUACAACACUUUCGCCUUUGCUUUCAGCGCCCAGUCCAGCGCGAACCAGACUCAGGACGUGAUCGAUGGCAAACUGGACAAGAGGAAGAAGGGGUGCUAUGGCCCACCUUUUGGAAAGCGCUGCCUAGUUUUCGUGGACGAUUUGAACAUGCCUGCCAAGGAGAAGUAUGGUGCCCAACCGCCAAUCGAGCUACUGAGGCAGUGGAUGGAUACCAGUGGCUGGUAUGAGAGGAAGACGUGUGAGUACCGGCAGUUGGUGGAUCUGAACUUCAUCGCUGCCCUGACGCCCAGCGCUGGUCGACCCCAGAUCACUGGGCGCUACAUGAGGCACUACAAUUACUUCUACGUGCUUCCCUUCGAGGGUGAGAGUCUUCAUCGGAUCUUUCAAACAGUGCUUCAAUGGUAUUUGGCCAAGUUCCCUAGCCAGGUGGGUGCCCUCAGUGGGAAUGUUGUCCGGGCCACUGUUGACGUGUACCACUCAAUCUCGGCCAACAUGCUCCCGACUCCUGCCAAGUCGCACUACACCUUCAAUUUGAGGGAUCUGGCCAAGGUGAACCAAGGCAUUUGCCUCUGCAGCAAAGAGUCGCUCCCUACUCCGGACGACUUCAUCAGAUGCUGGGUGCAUGAAUGCCAGCGCGUCUUCCAGGACCGGCUCGUCAAUGAGGAGGACAACGCAUGGUUCAAUGAGCUCUUGCAGGAGAAGCUUCAGGAGCACUUCAAGAAGCAGUGGAAGGCCGUCGUCAAGCAGGAGCCGCUGAUUUUCAUCGACUUCGCCGACAGCAAGGCGCCCUACUACCAGCAGGUCGCCGACUACGAGCAGCUUGAUGAUGUGUUGAAGAAUAGGCUCAUGGACUACAACUCCAUGGCAAAGCGUAGCAUGGAGCUUGUGCUCUUCAUGGCCGCUGCCCAGCACAUCUGUCGCAUUGUGCGCGUGCUGAAGACUCCACUCGGAAAUGCGCUGCUUGUCGGUGUUGGAGGUAGUGGUCGAAAGAGCCUGGCGUCCUUAGCCACCUUUGUGGCCGAGUACGAGCAGUUCUCAAUCGAAAUCACCAAAAACUACAGCGUCUCUGACUGGCAUGAUGAUGUGAAACGUUUGUUGAUGAUGGUCGGAGGCUCCACACAAGUAACCUUUCUGCUUGCGGACACCCAGAUUCCAAAGGAAUCCUUCCUAGAAGACACAUCCAGCCUGUUGAACAACGGUGAGGUUCCGAACCUCUUCAAUGCCGAAGACAAGACGCAGAUUCUUGAGGUGUCGACUUCGGCAGCCCAGGCCGCUGGGUGCAGUGACCCCGCAGAGGUUUUUGCCUUCUUUACGGAACAGUGCCGAAAGAACCUUCAUCUUGUUCUGGCGCUGUCGCCCAUCGGCGAGGCGUUUCGCCGACGCGUGCGGAUGUUCCCAGCCAUCGUCAACUGCUGCACUAUCGACUGGUUCAUGGAGUGGCCAGAAGAAGCUCUUCGUGGGGUGGCCACCCAUUUCUUGCAGAAGGUGGAGCUGGCAAAGGAUGUGUUCACUGGAGUGGUGGAGAUCUGUGUCCGGAUGCAAGAGUCUGUCUUCGAGCUCACGGACAGAUUCCGGCGCGAGGUGCAGCGCCACUACUAUGUAACGCCAACAUCAUACCUGGAGCUUAUCAACUCCUUCAAGGGAGUCCUGGCUAGCAAGCGGGAGGAUGUGUCCGGUGCGAAGCGACGCUACGAUGAUGGCCUUGAGAAAGUGGUGUCCACUGAGGAGCAGGUGAAGACGAUGUCGAUCCAGCUGGAAGAGCUUCGACCCGUUCUCAAGCAGACAUCUGCAGAGACAGCUGACCUCAUGACCGUGAUCGAGCACAAGCAGGAAGAGGCCUCGGCAACGCAGGCAGUGGUGGCGAAAGAAGAGGAGGCCGCAUCCCAGCAGGCAGAGGCCUCACGCACCAUGAAAGAGGAGUGCCAGGCCGACUUGGACAAGGCGCUGCCGGCCUUGAACGCCGCGCUGGAUGCGCUGAAGAGCCUCAAGAAAGGUGACAUCGUGGAGGUGAAGAACAUGAAGUCCCCUCCGGAGGGAGUCAUCACCGUGUCGAAGGCCUUGUGCUGGAUGUUCGAUGUGAAGCCCAAGAAGGUCACUGCAGAGGAUGGCCGGACGAAGAUUGAUGACUACUGGGAGCCGUCGAAGAAGAGCCUCUGGGGUGACUCCAAGAUGUUGGACCGGCUCUUGGGAUAUGACAAGGACCACAUCCCGGUAGAGGUCAUCGAGAAGCUGAAGCCUCUGGAGGAUGAUCCCGAGUUUGAUCCCGAGGUUAUCAAGAAGGCCUCCACGGCGGCCAUGGGCAUUUGCAAGUGGGUCCGUGCCAUGAUUGUAUAUGACGGCGUAGCGAAAGUUGUCGGGCCCAAGAAGGCGGCGCUUGCGCAGGCGGAGUCUGAGCUGGCCAAGGUCAUGGGUGUUCUGAAUGAGAAGAAGGCGGAGUUGAAAGCUGUGCAGGACAACGUGGCCACGCUCUUGGCAGAUUUCGAGUCUGCUCGGAAGAAGAAAGAUGACCUGGCCGUGCAGGUGGAUGAUUGCAGCAAGCGCCUUGUGCGAGCAGAGAAGUUGAUCAGCGGCCUUGGAGGUGAGAAGACACGCUGGAUCGAGUCAUCUAAGCGGCUUGGGGAGCAGUACACCAACCUCACCGGAGAUGUUCUCAUCGGCUCCGGGAUCCUGGCUUACCUCGGAACUUUCACUGGCCGGUAUCGUGUAGACACGGUGAAGAGCUGGGUGCAGCUCAUGAAGGAGAACCAGCUCCCCUCGGCACAGGAGUUCUCUCUUCGCACCGUCCUUGGGGACGAGGUCCAGAUCCGCCAGUGGGUCAUUGACAGGCUUCCGAACGAUCAGGUGUCUGUGGAAAAUGCCAUCAUCAUACAGAGGUCCCGUCGCUGGCCGCUCAUGAUCGACCCCCAGCUGCAGGCGAACCAAUGGGUACGGAAGACCUACGCAGGACGUGGCGAGCAGCUCCGAAUUCUUCGCCUGACGCAGAGCUAUGCCCGCGAGCUCGAAGGUGCCAUCACCUACGGGAAGCCGACGCUGCUAGAGAAUGUCUUGGAGCAGCUGGAUCCACUCCUGGAGCCACUCUUGCAGAAGGCCAUCUUCAAAGCUGGGAGUGUGAUGAUGAUUCGGCUGGGCGACUCGCAGUGUGAGUACAACAAGGACUUCCGGUUCUUUAUAACGACAAAGCUCCCCAAUCCGCACUACUCGCCAGAGGUGUGCGUGCAGGUUACGCUGCUGAACUUCAUGGCGACCCCUGACGGAUUGCAGGAUCAGAUGCUCGGCAUUCUGGUUGCAAAAGAGGAGCCCGAAGUGGAGCGCAAGCGACAAAAUCUCAUUGUUGAAAGUGCUCAGAGCAAGGCACAGCUCAAGGAGAUUGAGGACCGCAUCUUGCAACUCCUGUCAGAGUCCAAGGGCAACAUUCUUGAUGACGAGGAGUUGAUCAACACACUGGCUACAUCGAAGACGGCUUCCCUUCGCAUCGAGGAGCGCGUGGCCGAGCAGGAGAAAACCCAGGCACAAGUGCAGGAGACGAGGGCGACGUAUGUCCCUGUUGCGGUCCGCGCAAGUGCACUUUUCUUCGUGAUUGCGGACCUUUGCAAUGUGGAGCCGAUGUACCAGUACAGCCUGGAAUGGUUCUACGCCAUCUAUGAACAAGCCAUUGCUGCGGCAGAGAGGUUCGAGCGGAACAUCCAGAAGCGCCUGACGGCACUUCAGUCCAAGUUCCUGGAGAUGCUUUUCGAGCAAACGUGCCACUCACUUUUCGAGAAGGAUAAGCUCAUGCUCUCGCUGCUGCUUGCAUUCAAAUCCAUGGAGGUCGAUGAUGACAUCAACCUUGAAGAGAAGCGGCUGCUGCUCAUGGCUCUUGGUGGUGGGAGUCCCCAUCUUCCAAAGCCGGCUGAGGAGUGGCUAACGGAGAAGAUGUGGAGCAGGAUCUGCGUUUUGGACAAGGUGGGCAAGGGGCCUUGGUACAAGUUUGCCACUUCCUUCCAGGACAACAUCGAGAAGUGGAAGGCGCUCUUCGACUCCGAUAAUCCUGUGGCCUACCACUGGCCUGGCAAGGAGCAGAUGUCCGCGCUACAGCGGGCUCUCGUGCUGCUGGCUGUGCGCACAGAUUGCACCAUCGCCGGCCUUCAAGAGAUCAUCUCCAGCAACCUGGGCAAGAAUUUCUUGGAGCCGCCGGGCUUCAACCUCGAAAAGUCCUUCCACACCAGCAACGCCUGCAAGCCCCUGAUCUUCGUGCUGUCCUCAGGAGCCGAUCCCAUGGUCGAAGUAAUCCGCCUGGCGCAGAAGGUGGGCAUGAAUGAGCGAUACACGACGGUCUCUUUGGGACAAGGCCAGGGUCCGAAGGCUGGGCGGGCCAUCACCGAUGGCACUGAAGGAGGGCUCUGGGUGAUUUUGCAGAAUUGCCAUCUUGCACCAUCCUGGAUGCCCACCUUGGAGGUGAUGGUUGAGGAGCUGAACCCAGACAAGGUAAACGAUCAGUUCCGCCUGUGGCUGACAUCAAUGCCAUCGUCGGAGUUCCCCAUUUCCGUCUUGCAAAACGGCAUGAAGAUGACCAUUGAACCGCCGAAAGGUUUGAAGUCAAACUUGCUGCGGGCAUUCUCAUCCAUCGAUCCGGAUUGGUUUGCCGAAGCCUGCACCAAGAGCACCGAGUGCAAGCAAACCUUCAGGAAGAUGCUUUUCGGGCUUUGCUUCUUUCACGCGCUCAUUCAGGAGCGUUGCACCUACGGACCUCUGGGCUGGAACAUCCCAUACCAGUUCUCAGAACCCGAUCGGCAAAUCUGCAUGAUGCAGCUCAGGAUGUUCUUAGAGGAGAAUGAUUCUGUUCCCUAUGCGGCACUCCGAUACACUGCCGCAGAGGCAAAUUAUGGCGGCCGCGUCACUGAUGUUCAUGACCGCCGCUGCAUCAACUUCCUCCUCACAGACUUCUACUGCCCCGAGAUCCUGAAGGAGGAGUACAAGUUCUCCCCAAGUGGCGUCUACUAUGCCCCGGCCUACUCGGCAAGCCUGGAGCCGUACAUCGAGUACAUCCGCAGCCUGCCCAUUAACCAAAUGCCAGAGGCCUUCGGGCUGCAUGCCAAUGCAAACCUGGUUGCGGCCAUCAGUGAGGCCAUGCGCCUUUUGGGCACGGCCGCGGCCCUUCAGCCAAGGACGGGAGGAGGCGGUGGGGGCGGCUCUUCGCAGGAUGACGUGGUCAUGGAGGCUGCGACAAAGUACCUCGAAGAGGUGCAGCCACCUUUCGACACAGAGGCGAGCAAUGCAAAGUACCCUGUAGACUACAAUGAGUCAAUGAAUACUGUUCUCAACCAAGAGCUGCUGCGCUUCAACAAGCUCAUCUCGAAGGUUCGAAGUACUUUGACGGAUGUGAAGAAGGCUGUGAAGGGUUUGGUGGUUAUGAGCGCCGAGCUUGAGAUGCUUGCGGAUGGGAUCCUCACGGAUCACACUCCCUCGGUUUGGAUUGAAGUGUCCUAUCCGUCUCUGAAGCCCUUGGUGUCAUACGUAGCAGACCUAUGUGCCAGAAUCGACUUCUUCCAGAAGUGGAUUGAUGAGGGCGUUCCGGAAGCAUUCUGGCUCUCAGGCUUCUACUUCACCCAGUCGUUUCUGACGGGCCAGCUGCAGAAUUAUGCCAGAACACUGAAGCUGCCCAUCGAUACAUUGAUCUGGAACUUCAAAGUGCUAAAGCAGGCAGCGGAGCACAGCCGACCUGCUACAGGCUGCUUGGCCUAUGGCCUCUUCAUGGAUGGUGCUCGUUGGGAUGACAAUGACGGAGUGAUGGCGGAGAGUCUUCCGAAGGUGUUGUUCAGCGCGCUGCCGACACUUCACCUGACACCAUGUGAGGUUUCGAAGGACCCCACCGACCGCCGAACAGUCUAUCCAUCGCCGCUGUACAAGACGUCUGGCCGCAAAGGCACACUCACCACCACCGGCCACAGUACCAACUUCGUGAUGACCCUGCUUCUCCCGAUAACGAAGCAACACACCGAAAAGUAUUGGGCGAAGCGUGGGGUUGCCUGCCUUCUGCAGCUGGACGACUGA